GUAAAGUUAUUUUAAUCCAGAAAGAGUAUUUUCAACAUUUUGGGGAGUAAAGUUGCUCUAUCGGUGGAGUUAAAAGUGAGUGUAAAAAUCUGCAGAAACGCAGUGACAAUUUCAACUCUACAGCAGUGAUGAAUACCCGCCAUUCUGCUGUGCUUAUCAUUCGUUUGGCACGCAUUUCGGUGGAGGAAGAUUGAGAAGGAGCAACUCUAUUGCUAGGGGCAAAAUGCUGUUGCGUGUUCAAUUCGGGGAAGAGCAGAAAUACGUGAAGGUGUCUGAGCUGACAUUCGAUGCUUUCUUGAAAGAAGGUGCCUCUCAAUCAUCAUCAUGCUCGGGUACAUCUGAUGACACCGUCAUCCUGAAUUUCACAAUGUGUGACCCUGUUGAAGAAGAAGCUGCUGCAGAAGGAAGCCAGCCUAAAAGGCCAUGCCACAUAAACUAUGAGGCAAAAGCGUUGAUUGAAAAAAUCUUAACAUCAAAGCCUGGUGGUGAACACAUUAUGCAUGAGUAUGGAAAAACCAAAUCCCUGACCGAUGCCACCAGGAGACAGAUGAUAAACAUACUUGCUGCUGAGAUGACAGAAACACAUGGGACAUCCCCCCCCAAAAGUGUCAGAGUGAUGUAUGCACAGGGGAUAGUAGCUUUGUUUCCCUAUCUAGAAGACCCAUACUCACAACAUGGAUAUGAACAUUACUACGAUCCAGAGAGUGGUUCAGGAUACCUUGCAUGGAGAUUGAAGACAAUACAAAGAAAAACAGCAGAGGAAAGGGGUGCCUCAGUCAGCAAAUCUCCUAAAGUUGGUGGGCCAGGUCGUGUUCGUCAGCCCUUCACCUUUGACAGAGAGCCAUCUGAUGAGGAUGUGGAAGCAGCUAUUGCCGUUUUGAGACACUCUGCUGAUGAAAAGACUGUCCGUGAGAAGAUGAAAAUGACCUUCAUAUAUCGGCAAGCAAUGGUCAACGAUGAAGCCAAAUCAUCAGAUGUCUUCUCGGUCUUCCCACGAUUUCUGGACACACCAGGACUGAUAGAACAAGAUUUCAGAUUUCUGUUUGGUGAGGCCACGUCCAACAAAUUCUUGGAGAAGUGGCCAACCACUUUUAAAGCAAAAGUAAUAAAGGAAAGCCAUGGACUUGUACCCACCACAGAACUCUUGGAUUUGAUGUGCAAUGCUAAGUCAGCUGCUGAAGUUGAGAAUGGCUGGGACAGUGACAUGUCGGCCAUCUUGCUGCUGCUACAUCUGCUGCCACCAUCUGCACAAGGUAGAAAGAGGCCGGGAAAGCUUUCUGCGUAUCAAGCUGUAGAUCAGCUCAUCAGAUUUCAAAAGGUUGGAACCAGUGUGCAGCAGCAUCUAGACAACAUCACCCAAAGAAGUCAGCCCUACCUUCUCGCCCAGGGAUCCACACAGAGCACCAUUCACUCCUACUUCAUUGUGGUUGACAAGCAUGCACUUCCAUGCAAGGCAACAGGUUCAGUUGGAGCUUUUGACGAACUCUUUAAAGCCCAUUACGUCUUUGGUACGUCAUACAGUUCUUCCCUGAGCAGCUUUUUCACAUUUGUGCAAACAACCAUCUAUAACAUCGACAUGGGGGAAACAAAGGAGACCCCUAGAGUUGCAGAAUUGCGGGCAAGGAUGGUGCGUUAG